AUGACUACAAGCAUACAAAAAAUGCAAUCAAAUGAUUUUCUUCGUUCAUCAACAUCUCCAUUUAUUGAAACACCGCAAUUACUUCCUGGUAAUUUACAAUCUCAAUUAAAUAUGCUCUAUGCUCUCACCCAACAACAACAACAGCAACAACAACAGAUAUCACCUUCUGAUUCAAAAAUCAAACGUAUCAAAAAAUCAAUGCCAUUACCUAACGAACCUCCAACUCAAGUACCAUUCAUAUCUGCAACAGAUUCCUCAUGUUUAAAUUCAAUGAAUGACCGUGAAAUUGUCAAAGUUGUUACAACAGCUGGACCACAAUGUGUUGAUAAAGAUUUUUUAACUCAAUUGUUAACACGUAAAGAUGUUAUACCAGCUCGAAAACGUCGUGAUUUUAUUCCAAAUGAUAUGAAAGAUGAUCAUUAUUGGGAACGACGACGAAAAAAUAAUUUAGCUGCUAAACGUUCACGAGAAAAACGACGUUUGAAUGAUAUUGUUCUUGAAACAAAAGUAGUUGAAUUAUCAAAUGAAAAUGAAACAUUAAAAGCUAAACUUCAUUUAAUGCUUUCACGUUUAAAUAUGAAAGAAACUGAAAUGGAAAAUAUAUUUGAAGAAGAACAACGUCUUGGUCAUAUAUGUCUUAAACCAGCAACAUCAGCAUCAGCAUUUCUUGCUCAAAAUGAUAGUGAUAAUGAUGAUGAAUAUUCUUUACAUGAAGAUUCUCGUUCUAUGCAACAACCAAAAAGCAAUGAUAAUACAGCUAUUGAUUUAAGCCGAACAGAAGUUAAAACAGGCAAUUUAUUACGAAAAAGUCCAUCACCUUUAACACCAUCACCAUCACCACCCAAUGAAUCUCUAUUACAAAUUCUCGCUAAUCAAAUGUUUAAAACAAAACAACAAGAAACAUUAACAUCAUCAUCGUCAUCACGUUUAUUAACUAUUGCUUCACCACCAGAUAUCAAACCCUUAAAAAGAAAUUUUAAUCAAUUACAAGAAGAUACUGAACAACAACAAAAAUGGGAUGAUGCAGCAAUGGCAUUACUUUCAUUGAAUAAACCACAACCAACACCUCCUGUUGAGCAACAAGUUGCACUUCAAUCAGUUAUAAAUGGUCUUUUACGUAAACCAAAUCCUCCUCCUAAAGCUACUAUUGAUUAUCAUAGUCAACAAAAUUCAAGUGAAAAUUUUCAUCAUCAUCAUACAUCAUUUGAUCAAUGGAAAAAUUUAAUGAAUUAUUUUUCAACACCGCCAUCACAAUUAUCAACAAUGUUUAAUACAAGUAUGACUCAAACACAACAGCAACCACAAAAUGAAACUCGUGGUGAUAUGAUGCCAUUAAAAUUACGAAUGAAAAUGUUAAAUGCAAAAAAUUAA